AUGGCCGAUCCCUCAUCAAGACGGACGGCUUUAACCGACGAGGCAAAGCCCUCCGACGUCGACGUCGAGAAAGGCAUCCAAGAGCUGAACUCGGACCUUGAAGCAACCACCAUCACGCUUGACACCGACUCGGAACCUACGAGCCGAGAUGGCACUGCUGGCGAGAAGGGGAACGCCGAGAGUAAAGAUCCCAAUAUCGUCAGCUGGGAUGGCCCCGACGACCCCACGAACCCGAUGAACUGGACCAUGCGCAAGAAAUGGAGCAACGUUGCUGUGCUCUCCAUCCUCACCAUCAUCACACCCCUCGGCUCAUCCAUGUUUGCCCCCGGCAUCCCCCGGAUUUUGGAGGAGUUCCACGAGACAUCGUCCGUCACGGCCACCUUCCUACUGUCCAUCUAUAUCCUCGGCUUCGCCUUUGGCCCCCUCCUCGUCGCCCCGAUGAGUGAAAUCCACGGCCGCUCCUUGCUGUACAACCUCGGCAACCUUUUGUUCACCAUCUUCACCAUCUGUACCGCUCUCAGCAACAGCAUCGGCAUGCUGAUGGCUUUUCGAUUUCUGAUGGGCGUCGCCGGUUCCGUACCCAUUACUAUCGGCAGCGGUAGCAUUGCCGACAUGAUGCCCGUCGAGAUGCGCGGAAGGGCCAUGGCCGCCUGGGCCCUAGGUCCCCUGCUUGGCCCCUGCAUUGGCCCCGUUGCUGGCGGCUAUCUGAUCCGCGCAGCAGGGUGGCGAUGGGUAUACUGGCUCAUCGCCAUUAUCGCAGGCAUCAUCACGGUUUUUACCUACUUUAUGCUGAAGGAGUCCUACGCCCCGGUUAUCCUGGAGAAGAAGGCGAGGCGUUUGAGAAAGGAGACGGGCAACCAAGAGCUGCGGAGCGCGCUUGCCGGCAAUGCCACAACCCCGACCGAGAAGCUGAAGGCAGCCAUUGUCCGGCCCUUGAAGCUGCUAUUCCGGGCCCCGAUCGUCACCGCCAUGGCUCUCUAUAUCGCCGUCACCUACGGCAUCUUGUACCUUCUCUUUUCCACCUUCAGCAUCGUGUUCCCUGUACACUACGGAUUCGGCGAGGGCGAGAGCGGCCUCGUCUUCAUCCCUUCCGGCAUCGGCAUGAUGUUGGGCAUUGGCAUUUUUGGCACUCUCUCCGACAGGCUGGUCAAGAGCAAGCUCGACAAAGGCGAGCGCCAUCGCCCCGAGACCAGACUCACGCCUUUCUUCACCCUUCCCGCUGGCCUCGCCAUCCCUAGCGGCCUGUUCAUAUACGGCUGGACGAUCCAGUACCACGUGCACUGGAUCGUGCCUAUGAUCGGCGUUGUUCUCUUUGCAUUUGGUCUCAUGGGUGUGAUGAUGUGCAUCCAGAACUACCUGUUGGACGUCUACCCCCGCGCUGCAGCCUCCGUCACGGCCGCCCUGGCUGUCCUCAGGUCUCUGGCUGGUGCGCUCCUCCCGCUCUGCGCCAUCGACAUGUAUGCAUACGCUUGA